UUCACCUUCAACACAAUUAGGUUGGGUUAAAAGUAAGUCUUUGGAUGACCGAUUGGAUGAAAGUGAUGCUGGAGAAGUAGUUUCUGAACUAUUAACAGUAAAACCCAAAUGUAAUACCUUAGGUCUCCUUUUGAAACUUGACAGUGUAGAGAUGGAGGCUAUUAGUAUGGAGUGCGCCGAUCCACAAGACCAACUUUUUCGUAUUAUUGAUCUAUUUUUGAUGAAUAAGGAUUUCACACCAACAAGGAGAACAAUAUUAGAGGCUCUCAGGAAUCCACUUAUGGAUAAUGCUGCUUUAGCUGAUCGUAUUGAAAAGAACUUCACUGAUUCAGUUGAUGUUCCUGCUAUAAACAAGAGCACAUCCUGGCUGAUGACUCGAGGUUUGGAUGCAGAAUUUGAACUAACUGAUGCUAUAGUAAUACUUCAGGAGAUAAUUGAAGUAAAAGCAAAAUAUUUGAUCUUUGGCCGCCUUUUAAACGUACACGAUGGUGCAGUUUAUCAUCAACACCGUGACCCUCAAGACUGCCUACUGCAAAUUAUUGUAGAAUUUCUUAGAAACAUAGAUCCUUGUCCAACGUGGAGGGUCAUUAUUAAUUCUUUGAGACAUCCACUUCUCAACUAUAGUGACUUGGCCCAAAAGAUCGAGAGAAAAUAUGCUGUCCCACAAGAAGAAAAAGAGUUACCAUUAGAUGAGGUUGAAGCUCUUAGUGAAGGACUGAUGCGAACACAGAAACAGUUCUCAGGAGCAUUGGAUACUACAUUUGAACCAAAAGAUUCCUUGUUAAUACUUCAUGAAAUAAUCGAAGUAAAAGCCAGAUCUGAAAUCUUUGGUCGUCUUUUGCAACUAGGCCGACUCAGAGUCAAUAUAAUUCAUAGAGACUUUAGCGACCCACAAGAUCGGCUCCUGCAAGUAAUUGAUGAAUUUAUAAAAAAUACGCCUCAACCAACAUGGAGGGUUAUUAUGAAUGCUCUAAGGCAUCCACUUCUCAACCAUGACGAAUUAGCCCGGGAGAUUGAAAGGAAAUAUGCUGGAGAAGAGAUAUCUGCUCUUGACGAAAGGUCACAAAAGUCCGGCUCUUCCGGAAAAACACCGAGUAGUUUGGAUUCCAUAAUGGAUCCAGAUGACGCAACGGAAAUACUUCAGGAGAUAGUUGAAGUAAAGGAUAAAUCCGAAACCUUCGGUCACCUUCUGAGAGUACCUCGUGUCUUGCUUUAUUCCUUUCGACAAGAAUACAAUGACCCUCAAGACCACCUUUUACAUGUUAUUGAUGAGUUUUUGAAAGGUGUAAACCCUAGACCAACCUGGAGGGUCAUAAUAGAUGCUCUCAGACAUCCUCUCCUGAAGUAUUAUGAAUUGGCACAAGAAAUUGAAAACAAGCACUCAGAUCAUAUGGUCGAGAAACCAGCAUCACCUAAGGCUCUAAAAGUACCUGACUUUACCUUGACACCUUAUGUUUUACCUGAGACUACAGAAACAGAGUCAGAAGCAAACACCACUGCUGGUGAUGAUUCAAAGCGAUCCUGUCAACUAGGCUCUGACACUGAUUUGCAUCAAGAGAUAAAGGGAUUUCGUCUAAGAUUCACAUCUAUUAAAGAGUCAACAAUUCAGUGUCUUGAAAAGUGUGGCUUUGCUAUAGUCGCACUAGUGUCUUUAGUACUAUCAGUGUGUACAGUGGAGCAAAAGAAAAAGCUGGAAGAGAAUCGAAAAAGUCUUAACAAAUCUGAAGACCACACAAAACUCUUUAAGCAGCUCGAUUAUUACUGGGACUACCUCUCCUGUGAUCUACUGGCACUAGUUAUCAGGAAACUUUCUCACCAUAAUUCCUCCUUUGUAUCGAUUGAUGAUAAUAUAACUGUGUAUAAAAAGGAUCUGCUGGAGUUUAGACGGAACACAACACUAGUUUUCUUCUGUCAAGCAGUGCGGGUUGAAGACCAUGAUAUUCCGCAAGAAUUGUGGAAAAAAGUAGUUGAGUACUCGUGGCAUAAGCCUGUGACACUGGAAGAUGUGGAAAUGUUUCGAAAGUGCAACACUCUCUCCUACAAACUUCAGACACUUGCUAUGAUGGUGAACUGUGUACUCUCAAAUAAGGUCCCACCACAGCCCUAUGACAUUGCACCUGCACAUCCUGCAGCCAUGCCUAGUGCAAAUUCUGAAACGGAAGAUAUACCAUUUGUUGAAGAACCAUCUAUCGAUUUCUUUUGUCCGGUAAUGUUGGAUCUGCUGCGCCAACCUCACCUCGCAUCAUGUUGUGGUCACCACCUGUCUGCUGUCGCCGUUACCAAAUGGAAGAUAAUAGAAUGUCAGCCUUGCCCAGUGUGCAAGUCAUCUACUUGGGACACAAUGUUUGACAAAUAUUUUGAACGUAAAGUUAGAGAACUACCUGUGUUCUGCCAUCACAAGAAUAGAGGAUGUGUGUGGCAGGGGGAGUUGUCUGCCCUUGACAACCAUGCUGAGUCUUGUCCCAAGAAACACGUACCACUACCUGCACAUAUUGAUAAACCCCUAAGAGAUCCGGUCAAGAGUGAAGAGCAACAGCAUUCCGAAGAACCACAGCAAUUUGAAGGUAAUACCAGCAACAUACAACCUGCCCUGCUAAAGGCUCCUGACCAGCCAAUGAUUUUCUCUGUUCCAAUAAUAAAUAUCAUUCCGAGAAUUGGAAGCAGCCUGGUCCGCAAGUGCCUUGGAGUACUGGUUGUGACAAUGUUGCUACUGCCCCUGUGCCUGGACCCACUUACUCUUCCACCUUUACGGAAGAACUUCUCAAACGAAACUCAAGACCAGCUACUACGACCACACACCAAACUACUCAAUAUAUAUGACGAAAACAAUAUUAACGUUGUGGGAGUACCAAUCCUCUCAGAACAGUUAUUUCUUUACACUGGGAGGGAAAUGGAUUUCAUCUGGGAAGAAGCUGGCAUUAGCCUUCAUUUCCCUACUGUUCAUGAUAUGGAGACUAUAAAGAUUUCAGUGGCAGUUGUGCCAAGGAUUGAUGAAAACAGCAUCUUACCACCGCGAUAUCGAUAUAUGCCUGCUGUCAGUGCAACAUACAAAAUCAAGGCGAGUGCUACCCUACCAGCUCCAGUCAGAAUAAAGAUAGAACACUGUGCCAUCUUGGAGAACGAAGAUGAACUCAUUUCAAUGGUCGCACAUAAAGGACCUCCUCACUACUUUCAACCACUGCCUGCCAAAAGUUUUUCAUUGCAACCAUCAUAUGCUGAAAUGCAUGUGAAAAGUUUCAGCCUAUUCCGUUUCUUUUGGAAUUUACUAGGAUUUUUUCCAACGCGCCUUUCAAUUCAAGUGUUUUACCAUAAGGACAGCACUGCAACAUUUGUGGUGACAAAAAAUCUGAAAGCCCAAAUUACAGCUGUCAGAGAGACAAUAGCAUACAUUCAUGUUGAGGACGUGCCUAUGUCAUAUGACACUAAACCUGAUGCAAUUGCCUUUUCUCUACCAGUGGAUUCAAAUGGUUGGCACAUAUCAUCAAACGUUGAACCGGCAGAAAUCAAAACUCUGGAUAUCGAUGCAUAUGAACCAGGAGAAAUUUGCCCAAAACUAAAAGUGCGUAUUAAGUGGAAAGGCAGUGGAGAUCCAAAAGAAGAGAUAAUCAAAGUACCAAUUCAUGGAGGUUCUAUCACAUCCUUUGCUCUACUGUGUAGUCCCAAAAGCCAUAUUCACCGUGACCAGAGCCAAACACAGCAAGUUUCCUUGCAAGAUGAUGUGCCACAUAAUUCGCUCAACUGGACACUACAGUGCGAAGGACCGCUGUUAAACAGGAUAAAUGCUAAACUGAAGGAUGUGGACUGGAAAAGUUUACAAUAUGAACUGAAACUAGAUCAGGAAACGUCCAUCCACACUACCUGCCAGAAUGAACCUGAUCCGGUAAAAUGCCGAUUGGGACAAGUAGUGAAGAUAUUUAUCAACACUCAAGACCCUGAGCCUUGUUAUGAAACAGUGGAUAAGAUUGCUUCUGCUCUUAAGAAGCUCGAUCCUCCUCAGAUCAGGGUAGCGAAUGAGCUAAGAGAAAUGUGCACAUCUACAGGACACCCUCAACAUCUAGAAGAUCAAAGACUGCCAUAGCACUAGGUUUUCAUGUUCAAAGGACACCAGGUACAUAAAACUUUAUUUACCAUCCACUAUAAUUAUUAUUAUAAUUAUUUAUUUUAGUGAUUAUUUCCUUUUUGCAACGGCCAGUAAGUAAUGACGGCCCAACACGGUUGCAUUGCACUUGUCAGCUAGAUAAACAUUCUUCUUCGUAAAGGGUCUGGGGAGCUGCAUGCAAGCUGAAGAAUUUCGGUGUUUAAGUUAGCGUGAAUGUUGGACGAAGCGAGC